UCCAUUCAUCUGGUCCACUCUGCUGCACCAUGCACGCUGCCUGCCUGCGCCGCCCGGACCAGUUCAGUCUGGGAUAGCACCGUGGAUGGCGCACACCACGACGACAGGUGCAUUUUGUGAAAGGUGCACUUUUUCCUCUCCUCAGCCGGGAGGCAGAGCAAAUCCAAAAGAAGCCACCGGAGCGGCACUCAGCCGUCGGACGGGCGAUGAGUCAUUGCGCACGGUCGGUCCGCCGGGGUCGCCUGGAAAAAACAUAUUUAUAUAUAUUUUUUUGCGCUUUUUCCUGUGGAGGAUCGAUACCUCUGAUACCCAUCUUCUGAUAUAAGGCGUGGCUGUAUGCUGUCACCGACGCAGGGUUGAUUUGUCCACGUCCCGGGGUUUAUCCCUCAGCCUCGCUGACACGGGCGCGCGAAGCGGCGCGCGAGGCGUCUCUCGAGGGACUUGCACAAAGCUACUGGUCACAUAUUUUGUUUUGAAGUUUGGACUGAGACAAUACUUAAAGACUGAAACUGUGAAUCUGACAUCAUGGGAACGAACCCAAAAAGGACAGUGGCAGUCCAGAUGGUGCCUCAGCUGGCUGUGGUGGAGACACUAGACAACAUGGAGUCUAAUGCCAACUGGACUAAAGAGCCCAACCUCAAACUCUCUCAGGUUUGUCCAAAACCCAUCGUCACAUCUCCCGAGCACAAAGCGGAUAACGUGUCUCUGACCGCUGCUCCAACCAACACCAUCACACAUACCCAGAAAACAGCUGCCAAAGUAGGUGAACAAGUUAGCAGCAAACCAGUUCCAGCCAAUGGAAACCAGACGCAGUCGGAGCAUGUGACAGGCGCAGACAAACAGAUGCCAGACCUGUCUCUACCUGGCCAUGGUGUGGGAGAGGCGGGAGGCGACAGGAGGGAUUCUAACGCUAAUAUGAAAAUGUUAAGCCCGGGUGAUGAAAAGGAUAUGUGUAAGGCCGGUGUGCCAUCUGCUGUUACAGCGUCAACGGUCGACACACAGGCGAGUGACUGCACAAUAAAAGGGCAAAGUGCUGCAGAGGAGGCGUGUUCAAAGCCGGCAUCCUCAUCCAAGGCCACAGCACGAGAGGACAGUAGUAAACGUGUUUCUACAAAUAAUAAAAAUCUUAACGAUGCCUGUGAAUUAAGGCAAACAGCAUCUGUGCACCAACAGGAUAAUAAAGGGAGUAUAUCAUCUCCCCAAAACAAGGACACCGCUGUAGCACAGAAAUCUAAAGAGUCUGAUCAUAUACAAAGUUCCUCACAAAGCUCCGUCAGUCUGCAAGAGACUCCCAAACCCCCCAAAAUCAUAGAAGCUACAACUACUCUCAGUUCCACCACGCCUCCAUCGAAGAGCAAAGAAGCAGAAGACAAGUCAGGGAAUAAUAAUUCAAGUCCAACACUACCCGAGAAGGAUUUGCAACCGGAAAAGAAACCUCAAGUCUCCUCAGAUAAACAUCAGCCAGAGUCCUCACAGAAGGCCUCCUCCACUCUGCCCGAGGCUAAACAAAACACACAGGCGUGUGGGCAGGUGGCACGAGUAGCCGGCCAGACCAACACAGCUGUCUCUGAAGGGCAGCAGCAGCCGCCCUGCAAACUCUACAGGGAGGCUUCGACUAUGACCUCAUCCCUGUCCUCCACCCCGAUCAAGCAGCGCCAGGAUAUGGAGGUUCAGGCGGUGGCAAACACGUGCAGUAGGGCUGUGGCCACAAGUCCGAGCCUGCUGCCUUUCGCCGUGGCUCGCAGGCUGAGCGGCGGUGCCGUCCCCAGGGAGGAGCCGCAGAGCCUGGCUGUUGUUUAUCAAAUGGACGGUGGCGUGGGUCUCCAUCAGACGAACAAGAAUUCUCUCUCAGCCUCUUCUGAUCCGAGGUCAGAGAGGCUCACAGUGGAGGCAGAGAUGUGCCACAACCAAAAUGCAGGUGUGGUGUUAAAGGCCUUGUCCCCGCAACCAGAUAUAGGGCCAGGGGCUAAGCCUAAAGAACUGGGGGCAGCUUUGUGCAACAUCCAGCCAGUUUAUCAAAUCAACAUUGAACACAGCAGCCACAAGGAGCAAGGGGAGAUGGGUAACUCCCAAUAUAAAAUUGGAGCUCAGAUGUCUGCAGCAAAAACAACUACUGCACAAGCUCCCUCCCUCAAAACAGGAACACACCCAGAGGCAGCCGGUGCUUCCAAGUCUGGAUCUGCUGACAGUAACAAUACCGCAGUGUCUCUGGCUGCUGUCACAACCAAGCCUGACCAAGCCCUGCCCAAAAAAACAGCAGCAAACACCACAUCCAAGUCAGAGCCAACUAAAAAGAAAGCUGAGGGCUCAAAAGGAAAGAGAAAAGAAGUUGGGGGCAAAGCCUUGACAAAGGAGGCAAAAUCUGGUAAACAGAAGAUAGAACCAAAAAAGGAAGAGGAUGACCACUCAGGAAAGCAGAAAGAAAAGAGCAUCCAUGACGUCGUGUGGGAUGAACAAGGGAUGACUUGGGAGGUGUAUGGGGCUUCUGUGGACCCUGAGUCCCUUGGUUUUGCCAUUCAGAGCCACUUGCAGUGCAAAAUCAAGGAGCAAGAGAGGAAACUGAUUGCCCAAACCUCCAUCCGAAAGUCAGUCUCCGGUGCCGACUCACCGCAACGCGGCAGGAAGAACAAGAGGAGGCAGAAGAACGUUUUCAGGUCGAUGCUGCAAAAUGUCAGGCGGCCCAACUGCUGCGUGCGUCCCCCUCCCUCCUCCGUCCUCGAGUAGCGCGGCACAGAGGCGGCCAAUGUCAGACUCCUCCCUUUUUCCUAGAGGUCAAAAUGUUUGUCCUCUCCAUGUCACGACUGCAAUGCCAAGUGAAACAUUAAUGGGUCGACGGUCACUGUAAGUGAGUAAGUAUACAGGAAUGUUCUAGCAUAAAGAGUCAAACUAUUUGUGAUGUUUGUGAUCAAAGAGAGUAGGAAAUAGAAAUAUAAGAUGAACAACUCAAGACUUAUUUUCUAGCGAUAGAUAGUAUAGAAAAAAAAGAGAGAGAACUUCUAACCGUUUUUAAAUAACAAAGGCAAUAAUUGUGAAACGCAUGUAUGUUAGUUACUAUGGCAAUUGUGCGACCUAAAAUGAAGUCCAAACCAUCACAGCACAUGGCACUGAUCAUGGAAUAGACAUAUUACUGUCAGGAUAUUUGUGCAAAUAUAUUAAACCAACAUCUCAUUACAUUUUGUGUGUUUGAUAUAUGUUUUUGAGCUCUUUAAGGCCCUUAUAUUUAUGAGGUUGCUGUAUUUUCUGUUCAUGCUCAUUUAUUUUUUGGUAAGUGAUUACGCUGUGCAAAAAAAAAAAGAAAAAAAGGGGGGGGGCAAAAGCUGUUUAAUCUCUGUUCUUCUUUGGUU